AUGCCGCCGCCAAAGACGGAGAUGCCGCCGCCGAAGGAGACGGUGCUGUCGGAGGCGGAGAAGGAGAGCGUGUUACCGCCGCUACACCAUGUGGCCUUCCUGCCCAGUCUGGAGAGGCAGCCAGAGCGGGCAAUGGGUUCCCGUUGUGCCAAGCUCGGCACAGGCCACAGCCGGGGCCAUGAAUCCUCCAUGAAGAAGCUCGUGGCCUGCGUGAGUCAGGAUAACUUCUCCUUAUCGUCCGAGGGUGAGGAAGAGGAGGAGGGAGAGGAGGAGGAGGAGGAAGAAGAGCUCCCGGUGCAGGGGAAGCUGCUGUUGAUGGAGUCCGAGCGGCGGGAGGAGGAGAGCGCCGAAGAAGACCCUGUGGCCCAGCAGAACCCCGAGCCCAAGCAGACGCAUGCCUGACCCACGAUGGUGGCCCAGGAAGAGGGGCCUGCCACUGUUCCAGCGAGAAGA